UGCUUCAAUCUUCAUUUGCCCUUCUCUCCUCUCCUCUCCUUUCCCUAACAACCCCUGUUUUUCUCCGGCGACCCCAUUAUGGCCAUUCCCUUGCCGGCCUCCCGACCCGGCAACGACACCGUUCACGCCAACGGCACGGCGGCGCCACACCCUUUUGACCCUUCUGCUCCUCCCCCUUUUCGUAUUUCCGAGAUCCGUGCUGCCAUUCCUCCUCAUUGCUGGGUUAAGAACCCUUGGCGUUCUCUCCUUUAUGUUCUUCGGGAUUUCGUCAUUAUCUCUGCAUUGGUUGCCGCCGCCGCCUACUUUGAUUCCUGGCUCGUCUGGCCGAUUUACUGGAUCGCUCAGGGCACCAUGUUUUGGGCCAUUUUUGUCCUCGGCCAUGACUGCGGCCAUGGGAGCUUCUCCAACAGUACUGCGCUUAAUAGCUUCAUGGGUCUUAUUCUUCAUUCCGCCAUUUUGGUUCCUUAUCAUGGAUGGAGAAUAAGCCAUAGAACCCACCAUCAAAACCAUGGAAAUGUCGAGAAAGACGAAUCCUGGGUUCCAUUAACGAAGAAGACAUACAAGCAACUGGAGAGAAGAACACGAAUCCUCAGAUUCAGUUUACCUUUCCCCAUUUUCGCAUACCCAUUUUACCUGAUGUGGAGAAGCCCAGGAAAAGAGGGAUCUCAUUUCAAUCCAUACAGCGAUAUAUUCGCUCCAAAUGAACGAAAAGACAUAGUGAUUUCAACCUCAUGUUGGACAAUAAUGGCUGUUCUUCUCGUCUAUUUGUCCUUCGUUUUUGGUCCAACCCAAAUCUUCAAACUCUAUGGCGUCCCUUACUGGGUUUUCGUGAUAUGGCUAGACGUCGUGACGUACCUUCACCACCAUGGCUAUGAACAGAAGCUGCCAUGGUACAGAGGAGAGGAAUGGACUUAUUUACGUGGCGGAUUGACAACCGUUGAUCGAGAUUACGGAUUGAUCAACAACAUCCAUCAUGAUAUUGGAACUCAUGUUAUCCACCAUUUGUUCCCUCAGAUUCCUCAUUAUCACCUUGUUGAAGCGACAAAGGCAGCUAAGGGAGUGCUUGGGAAGUACUAUAGAGAGCCAAAGAAAUCAGGGCCAAUUCCGUUGCAUUUGGUGAAGAAUUUGGUGAACAGCUUUAGACAAGACCACUACGUGAGUGAUGAGGGCAACGUUGUGUUUUACCAGACAGAUCCUUAUCUUUACAGUUACUGAACAAAUUUCUUUUUUUUUUUUUUUUUUUUUUUUUUU